GAGUGUAACUCCUUAUGCAGAUGCCAAUCUUCUUAGUACUUUUACUUUCUCUUGGAUGGGCCCUUUGCUUGCACUCGGGUAUAAUAAAACACUAGACCUUGAAGAUGUUCCUCAAAUUGACAAUUGUGAUAGGGCCAAUGUGGUGUUUGAUCGUUUUAGAAAUAAACUUGAAUCUGAUGAUAAUGGUGGUCAAGCAAACAAACUCAAGCUAGUGAAGGCAUUAGUUAUGUCAACAUGGGAACAAAUUCUAUGUACAACUUUAUUCGCCAUUGUAUGCACAUUGGCUUCUUUUGUUGCACCAUAUCUUAUUGGCGCCUUUGUUCAGUAUCUCAACAGUAGUGACCAAAUAAAAUAUAAAGGUUAUGUGCUAGUGUUUAUCUUCUUUCUAUCAAAGCUGAUAAGGUGCGUCUCAGAGAGACAUUUGUUCUUUCAAUUACGAAAGAUGUCAAUUAGAGUCCGUGCAGCCUUGUUCGCAAUAAUCUAUAAGAAGGGUUUAAGGCUUUCAAGCCAAUCAAAGCAAGGGCACACUAGUGGAAAGAAUGUUAAUUUGAUGAGUAUUGAUGUUGAGAGGAUUGGGCUUUUCAGUUGGUACUUGCACGAUAUAUGGAGGGUGCCUAUUCAGGUUGUCCUAGCAUUAUUGAUAUUGUAUAAGUCCUUUGGGCUCGCUUCACUUGUAACUUUGGUUCCCACAAUGAUUUUGUUGUUAGCUAAUGUACCAAUAGGAAAACUACAAGAGAAAUUUCAAGGAGAAUUGAUGGAUUCAAAGGAUCGGCGGAUGAAGUUGACAUCUGAGGCUUUGAGGAAUAUGAGGAUUCUCAAGCUCCAGGGUUGGGAGAUGAAGUUUUUGGAUAAGAUAAUUGAGCUUAGGAACUUUGAAACUAGAUGGUUAAGAAAAUUACUUUAUUCAUCAACUAUGAUUUCCUUUAUCUACUUGUCUUCUCCUAUGUUUGUGUCUAUAGUUACUUUUGGGUUUUGUGUUCUUAUAGGAAUCCCCUUAGAUUCGGAGAAGAUUCUAACUGCCCUUGCUACAUUUGAGAUAUUGCAAGAGCCCAUUUAUAUUAUCCCAGACCUAAUCUCUAUGGUGGUUCAGACUAAAGUUUCCCUCGAUAGAAUAGCAUCAUUCCUCUGUCUUGAUGUUCUUCAUCCGAAUAUAAUACAGAAGCUUCCAAGAGACGAUGCUAAGGCUGCAGUUGAAAUUGUCAAGGGGAAUUUCUCUUGGGACCUUUAUUCCAAUAAUUUCACAUUAAAAGAUCUUAAUUUUCAAGUGUACCAUGGUAUGAGAGUAGCUGUUUGUGGUUCUGUUGGGUCAGGAAAGUCAAGCCUACUUUCAUGUAUUUUGGGAGAAAUGCUAAAGGAAUCUGGAGCCAUUAAGUUGAAUGGGACAAAGGCCUAUGUUGCACAAUCACCUUGGAUACAGAGUGGUAAGAUACAAGACAAUAUACUAUUUGGUAAAGAGAUGGAAAAUAAAAAGUACAGGAUGAUCAUUGAAGCAUGUUCAUUAAGAAAAGACCUAGAAUUGUUUGCCUUUGGGGACCAGACUAUCAUAGGGGAGAGGGGGAUAAACUUGAGUGGUGGGCAGAAGCAAAGAAUACAGCUUGCACGUGCUUUGUACCAUGAUGCUGAUAUUUAUCUACUUGAUGAUCCUUUUAGUGCUGUGGAUGCGCAUACAGGAACAACACUGGGUACACAUAAAAAAGCUUUGUCAGUCCUUAAUUCAUACAAAUCUGGGGCUGUUAUGGAUAAUUUAAUUGCUAGUGAGGAAGACGGUAGUAUGCUUUGUAAUGAGAAACUUAUUCAAGAAGAUGUGGAAAGGGAUCCUAAAAAUGUCAAAACAGAAAAAUUGGUUCAGUCAGAUGGACAGCUUGUCCAAGAAGAAAAGAGAGAAAAGGGUGAAGUUAGUCUUUCAAUCUAUUGGAUGUAUGUUACUGCUGUGUAUAAAGGGGCUUUUGUACCAUUGAUAUUGCUGGCACAAAUUCUUUUUCAAGUCCUCUUAAUAAUCAGUAGUUAUUGGAUGGCAUGGGCUACUCCUGUUUCAGAGGAUGUUCGACCUCGUGUUAGAGGAUCAACCCUUAUCUUUGUUUAUGUUGUUUUGAUCCUUGGAAGCUCUAUUUGUGUAUUUAUAAGGUCCAUGCUCAUCGUAACUAUUGGAUACAAGACGGCCACUUUGCUUUUUAACAAAAUGCAUUUGAGCAUUUUUCGUGCUCCCAUGUCAUUUUUUGAUUCUACUCCAAGUGGAAGGAUUCUAAAUCGGGCAUCCAUAGACCAAAGUGCACUUGAUACCUCUAUCCCACAUCAUAUUGAAGAUCUUCUCAUGUCAGUCGUAGGACUCCUGGGGACUAUUGGAGUAAUGUCACAGGUUGAAUGGAGAAUGUUAAUAGCUUUUAUUCCAAUGAUUGUGACAUGCAUCUGGUAUCAGAAAUACUACAUACCUACAGCACGAGAACUAUCGCGGUUAGGAGGAGUAUGUCAGGCUCCAAUUGUACAACAUUUUUCUGAAUCCAUGUUAGGUUCAACCACAAUCAGAUGUUUUGAUCAAGAAGAAAGGUUUAUGAAUACAAACCUUCAGCUAGUGGAUGUGUAUUCCAGGCCUAAAUUUCAUUUCUCGGGUGCAAUGGAGUGGUUAUGCUUCCGCAUGGAUAUGUUGGCAUCCAUCACAUAUGUCAUCUUUUUGGUUUUCUUGAUUUCAGUGCCUAAGGAAAUACUUAGUCCUGGUAUUGCGGGUUUUGCAGUCACUUAUGGUAUUGGUUUCAGUAUGCAUGUGGUCAUAUGGGCUCUUUCUAACCUCGAAAAUAAAAUCAUAUCCGUUGAGAGGAUACUACAGUACGCCUGCAUCACUAGUGAACCCCCUCUGUUGGUAAAAGAAAAUAGGCUAAGUCAUGAUUGGCCAUUACAAGGGAAUGUUGAAAUUGUUGAUCUUCAGGUCCAGUAUGCCCCCCAUCUUCCUCUUGUUUUGAGAGGUGUCACUUGCACUUUGCUUGGAGGGACGAAAAUUGGUAUCGUUGGGCGAACAGGAAGUGGUAAAUCAACUCUCGUACAAGCUCUCUUCCAUAUGAUUGAACCAACAGCUGGUUACAUUUUCAUAGAUGGUAUCGACAUCUCUAAGAUCGGCCUUCAUGAUUUGCGGUCAAGAUUGAGCAUCAUCCCACAGGACCCCACAAUGUUUGAGGGGACUUUAAGACACAAUCUUGACCCACUUGAAGAGUACACUGAUGAACAAAUUUGGGAGGCUUUAGAGACAUGCCAUCUCAGUGAUAAAGUUAGAAAAAAGGAAGGAAAGCUUGAUUCUCUAGUAACUGAGAAUGGAGAGAAUUGGAGUGUGGGUCAAAGGCAGCUAGUUUGUUUAGCGCGGAUAUUACUCAAGAGGAGCAAAGUGUUAGUACUCGAUGAAGCUACUGCAUCAGUGGAUACUAUGACUGACAAUCUAAUUCAGCAGACACUUGGUCAACAAUUCUCAGGGUCUACUGUCAUCACAAUCGCACAUAGGAUAACAUCAAUUCUUAAUGCAGAUAAGGUCCUCCUUCUCGAUAAUGGUCGUGUAUCGGAAUACGAUUCCCCAGCCAAAUUGUUAGAGAUGAAGUCCUCGUCAUUUGCAAAGCUUGUUAAGGAGUAUACUCGAAGAUUUAGUUCAUAG